UUGAUAGCUGAAGUGAGUUCACUCGUUUACGUUUUUUUAUGGAAACGAUGUGGAAACGAGUAAAAAAAAUAUCUAUUGGAGAGGCAACUAUGUCUCAUGCAAUAUGUAUACUUAUGUACUGUCUGAUCAUGUGAACCUAUUUGUGUAAGAAAUCUAUCAAACUAGUGGUGACGCCCGUUUGUUCCCUUAAACAAAUAUUUUUAUUUGAGUGGACAUUUUUUCAAAGCUGCUGCAAUGACAGCCAGUCGAUGUCCUGUGUCGCGCCGCGUCAAAAUCCACUUCGGGAUUUCCCGCAAGCUCCAAAAAUCUAUGAAACGUGUUUGCAUGUUCCUCUCGGCGAGUGGGGUUGGAGAGGUGGGAUCGCGAGGACGGGAGAAGGCUGGCUGGCUGGGGGGAACCCACGCGUCCGAGCCCCACGGAAAGUCCGCCUAUGCCGAACAACUGACGGUGAAUGUUGUUUUCUUUCUCUCGUCGUUUGUUCCGAGCACAAGGACACGCCGCUGUAGGCUACUUGUGGAAGGAGGAGGAGGGGGGGGGGAUAAGCUUGUCUUUCCUUCCCGCUUUGGGGUGUUUUUUUUGUCACCAUUGCGCACGACAAGGCGGAGAGACGGAACGCUCGGACUGUGGGAGCCCCCUCACCCCUCCUCUGCUCGGAUCUGCUCUGGUUCCAGAUGGCCCAUGGAAGAACGUGGAUGAGGGCUUAGUUGUAGCCUGUCUGUUGUCGGUUAGCCGAUUAGUCCAUCAAAGAGUGGCACCACUUUCGCCAGGGCACAGAACGGACCAACAAAAGUUUCUCCUCACUCAUCCCUGCCCCCUUUCCACCCACGCCCCCAACCCAGGCGGCACAUACGCUCUGGACCAUGUCUAGCAGGCUGUCCCAGGGUGGCCGGACUGAGGACCUGGAGCGGAGUAGCUGCAAACAGGACUCUCCUGUUCUAGAACGUAGGAACCGCAGUGGCAUCAUCAGCGCACCCUUAAACAGGAGCCUUAAGAACUCUCGCACACUCUCGCAGUACACAGCGGUCUCGUCUGCUACCACCAAUGGACACAAAGACAAUCGUGAGACAAAGAGCCACACGGCCAAGCCUCAACCACCUCCACUGCCCCAGCCCACUGUCUCUGCACUGGCAGCGGCCAAGUUGGACCGGACCUUAGAACAGGUUCUGGAGGGACAGAAUGGCUUGCUGCACUUUGCCCAAGCAGCCGCAUUAUUAAAGCGGGCCGGUAUGGAGCACAUGCUUCUGCCUGGGGGCAUGGGAGUGGGAGUUGGCGGAGCAGAUGCAGGCUCGGGGGCUAGCGACUUGGAGGGUACGUCUGUCACGGACGCCGUAGGUGGUCCUGUUGACUUCCCAUAUGGAGUAGGGGGUGGCUUCCCGUUCAACCCAGGCCUUUUCAUCAUGACGCCGGCUGGAGUGUUUUUAGCGGACAGCGCGCUGCACAUGGCCGGCCUGACCGAGUACCCGGCACAGAACGAGCUGGCCUCUGCCAUCAACUCCGGUAAAAAGAAGCGAAAACGUUGUGGCAUGUGCCCACCUUGUCGGCGACGGAUUAACUGUGAGCAGUGUAGCAGCUGCCGGAAUCGCAAGACGGGGCAUCAGAUCUGCAAGUUUCGAAAAUGUGAGGAACUGAAGAAGAAGCCCUCUGCUGCUUUGGAGAUACAUCAUGAGACUAGUGUUGUUCUGUUGGGCACACCUUCUAAAUGAAUGGUUAUAGCCUGAACUUUCCUGCCCCCAAAACCUUGGACAGCAGAGGCUCAUGGAAAGUGACAGGCAUGCCGACUGGCACCAAGACACAUAUGGGACAUGUGGACUUGUUGCUAAGCAGACUGUGGGACAAGUUACAUCAGGAAGACAAGGGGAAAGAUGGCUACGACGAAGAACAUAAUUUAUUAAAGGCAACGGAUUACAAAUAUUUAUCCAACGACAAACAUUGAUUGAUAAACCUCCUCCCCAUUCAAUAGACAAAGACAAAUUCCUUGUGCGUCUUGUAACAUACUUGGCCAAUAAAGCUGAUUCUAAAUAGGCCUACUACAUUGCAACCUUAAUUGCAUGCUUGAAGUGCUUCACCUGCUUCAGCGCUGCCUGAGAGAGAGAGAGAGAGAGAGCGAGAGCGAGAGAGAGAGAGAGAGAGAGAGAGAGAGAGAGAGAGAGAGAGAGAGAGAGAGAGAGAGAGAGAGAGAUCCGGCCUCCCAACAGCGGCGAGAAAGUUUACUGACAGGAGAGGGAAAGCUGCAGCUUGUCUGAAUGUUGAUGACGUACGUAAGCAACCACGCAUGCAAAUGAUUUAGCGACAGUGGCCACGGCAAUCUUCUUCCUUGACAAUCACACCAUGUUGUUUGUGGUUUAAUUAAAAAAAUAAAAAACAUUAAAAAAAUAUAUAUCUAUAUCUAUAUAUGUACGUAUGUGUUUCAUACUGGUAUACUGUAUGUGCAUGGGUCUGUCAUAUGGUGCGCGGGUGUGAGUCACGGAUUGUAAAUUUUCCGUGAUUAUCCAGUUCAAUUGCAUUCGGUUCCGUCGCUCGGUGGGCCUGUGAAUGUGAGGCCGCUCCACAACAAAAAUUGCAGAUUGCCCUAUUAUCACACUCUUCUCUUAACAUCGUUUUGUUUUUGUCAAAAUCUCCCAAAACCCUUUUCCAUAUUAUUAUGAGGUGUUGUGAACAGAAUUUUAGGGUAAAAUUUAAUCCAUUUCGGAAUGAGGCUCUAACAUAACAUCUAGAAAAUGUGAAUUGCUAUUAUUACCUUCCAAAUGCUCUGUAUACUCACCAUAUGGGUCGCAACAUUAUGUACACUCAACCUAAUAAGAGUCAUCAUAACUUGUAUUAGUUUAACAAUAUAUUUAUGAUUGUCAUGUGCAGUAAGGUAGAAUAGAAUGCCUUCUUACUGGCAGGUGUUUACGUUGUUUGAUUACCAUUGCGAGCGCCAGUUGCCAAGCUGCAACUGUAAAUCACAAUAGUAGUAAACAUUUUUCAAACCAGAGACAGAACAAUCUCUUUGGAAAAGAAGAAUUUUGAUACAGCACUUAUAUCACUGAGUUAACUUUGCUCUUCAAACGUACCUAAUGUGGUCGGUGAGUUAAUAUCCUGCUUAAAAAUAACCUGUGAUGAGUGCAAACGCCUUGUGUCAGGAAACAGAGAAAACCAAAUUUGUCAUGCCAAUCAAUGAUGAUGCUGUUGAUGUUUGGGAAGACACCCGGUGGUCAAUUUGUGUUUUUGUUGAUUCGUUUUGGAAUGUACAUUUUCUUCUCAUUGUGAAUCCCAGGCAAUGUAAAAAGAAAUCUGUUUUUUUUUUCUUUUUCUAUUUGCUGCCAUUUCACAUUGAUUGCACAUGGUUAAUGAGGAAAUGCAGCAGUUAAAGUUCAUCUGAUGAAUGUGUUUUUCUCGCCACGUAUUACGACACACUAAAUCCAGACCUUACCGGCUUUUUGACAUCUGUGGCGGCGCCAGAUGUUGCGGCUGUCUUCCUGGCUGUCUCACCGGCUAAGUGCUUCUGUAGAAGGGUCGUCACAGAGACACAUGAGGGGUUAAUAACACAGACCAUAAAAUGACUAGCAAUAUGCUGCCUGUGAGCCUUACCUUAUGGUUCAUAUUUAUCAUCACUUAAGCAAGAAUUCAUCUAUGUAUUGUUGUUAUAACACUAAGAUUUAAAAAGUAAAAUGAGUUGCCCUAAAAAAUGUGCCGUGUUAAAUAGGCUUUACACGAUCAGGAUUUUUGGGGCCGAUCACAGAGUUUAAAAAAACGAUAACCGAUCCGAUCACAAGAUGGAAGAAUGUGUCUAUUUAAAUGACCUGUUCAUUUACUGUAUAUACUUUAUUGUUCAAAAUGUUUUUAUUUAUAAUAAAUAAUGUAUCUUUGUUCCUCUAUUUAUGCCAGUGAGGCAUAGUGACAGACAGAACAAAUGAAUGGUCUUCUAUUAUAUGGCAGGAAGCAAAUACAGUAAUUAAUGUAUCCACUUUUUGUGACGUUUUUUGUUCGUUGGUGUGCCGUGAGAUUUUUCAAUUGUAAAAUAUGUUUCUUGGUUCCAUAAAGGUUGGAAAUCACUGCUCUAGUCAGAUCGUGCAUUCUAAUCUGUCAGGUCAAGCCAACAUUACAUGACAGAAAUAAUAGGUGCCAACUUACUGGAGUUAAAUUAAUUUAUUUUUAAUUAAAUUACUUCACCCACACCGAAACUUUAGAGCAUGAUUCGACAGAACGGCAGCAUGUUUACGUCCAACCGUUCGUGGUACCGCUAGCUUGAUAGGUUACAUAACAUUUUAUUGCCUGCUUGUGAGCCGUAUCGUAUAUAAAAGGUACGUGAACAUACCUCAAGCAAGCCUUAAACGAACGUCCUCUCCUAUCCUGAGCACCGGUGACCACCAACACACGUUUUUCUCCAUUUUGUCCUUAUAAUACAAAGUCGACGCUCUCCACUCGUUGUCGUCGCCACGGUAACGAGUGUAUCAGGUCGCAUUUGAGUUGACAAGAUAAAGCCCAAUGAUCGUAAAAAAACGGGAUGCGGUGGUAUCGGAGUACAAGAUUUUAUUGCAGUAGUCUGAGUGCAAUCGUGAAAAAGCAAAUUUGUCUUGUAGUCUGAUUACGUGUUGCCUGACUCUGACGUGUCGUCUGUCCCACACCGUCGCCAUGUUUUUUUUUUGUUUUUUUUUUAAAUAACUUCAUUGGCCGUCAGAGAUUUACAGUACUACGUCAAAAGACUAAAAAUAAUAAGACAAGGCUAAAAAUAAACAAGCUUUUGGAUUCAAAUAUACUGUGGACGCGGCGACGUGGAGUAAAUGUCUUUUGCGGAGCCGGCGAAUUAUGACAUUAAAGCCGAUCAGCCGAUCAGCAUAAAAUGCUAAAUAUCGGCCGAUAGCGAUCAGCCCUAUAAAAUCCGUGUAAAGUCUAGUGUUAAAGCAUGAGCAGGCGGUACGUUCUUCAAUUAAAAUUUUUAGUAACUUCUCUCAUUUUACUGGAUAUGUUCAUGUAUCACCCAUUGGAUUGCAUCAAGGUAAACGCCAACAUUUUCCCAUCACGUAACUUGCCAAAGUGAUCCUUAUUUAAAAUCCUUAUUUAGAAGCAAAUAUUUCAGCCAAGUAAUAUGAAUACAUUAAGUCUUGUUUGAGAUACAUUAAGUUUGCCAAAGCUCAGGAAAGGCUGGUUAAAAUGUGAUGUAACACAAGGUAACUACCAAUAUGCCAUUGACAAGAAUCACAAUGAAUAGACAGAUUUUAUUUAUUUAUAUAUUUUAGUGGCUUCCAUAGUUCAAAGUGCAUCCCUGCUGAUGUGCACUGCUUCCACUAUAGCAACAUGUCUGUGAACAGAGAGUAGCUAGUUUACAAAAGCUCAGUCACUCUUGCUAAUUUAGCAAUUUGUUCACAUUAGCAACUUUCCCGACUCCUUUAACAACAAUUUUUUUCAAACAGUUAAAUUCUUGCUAAGAAACACCCAAAUUAAAUUUUCACUUUUAACUCUAUUCCCGAUGACAAGAAACACAGUGGAAGGCAAUCACUGACUCAAAUGCACUGAAUAUUGCCUAAGACUUAGUGCCCAUUACGUUACAAAAACAGUUAUUUAUAUAUGUGUACAUGUAAAACAUAUACAGUAUGUGUUUACGUACAGCAUAUGCGUUUUGAGAAAAUUAUGUAUGAAGAAAAAAUAUAUAUUACUAUUAUCUGUUGAUACAAGUUAACAAAGAAAAAAAAUGGUAUUAUAUCAGGAGAAAUAAGCAAAUAUAGAAGGGGGGGACUAAAAGUUUAAU